GUCUUUGCACGUGGUUCACAAACCAACAUGGCAGCGCCCUGUAGCCCACUGUGAAGUGAGCAAUAUCCACAAGUUUGUGAAACAGAGGUAAAGUUAGAAAGUGAAGAAGCCAUAGGCUAGUUAUUGUUUUCUUGACAUUUGGAGAUGGCAGAAGUCAUUAGUAACCCUGUGCCUGAUGCACCACCUGCUACGGAGGAGGAGAUAUCUGCAGAAUUGCCCCAGGACAGUAACACUGAGGAGAGUGAAUCAUCAGACCCAAGCAUGUACCGGUAUAUUAAAAAUGAUCUGUUCACGUCUGAGAUUUACAAGGUGGAGAUAAGAAACCUGCCUAAAUUCACUGGGUUUAAUGAUCUCAAGAAGUUCUUGGCCAAGCAAAAUCUCAACCCACACAAAAUCAAGCUGUUUGGAAAGCAGACGUUUGCUUUUGUGACUUUUAAAAAUGAAGAGGAGCGUGAUAAGGCGAUGAAGUUGGUGCAUGGGAUGCAGUGGAAAGGCCAGGUGCUGAAUGUUAAGCUAGCUAAGCCCAAAGCAGACCCCAUUAUGAGAAAGAGGAAGCAAGAGGAGAGCGAGGGCCCCCCUUCGAAGAGGACAGAGGAAGAGGAGGAGGAGCCGCUGAGUAUCCAGAUUGCCAAUGCAGUGACACCACUGUGGAACAUGCCCUACAAUGAGCAACUCCGCAGAAAGGAGCAGGAGGUGGUGUCUGUGUUACAGAGACUAGCCAAGGAGAUUGGCAACACCAACAAAGCCAUGUUACCUUGGCUGUUUGCACAAAAAGGAAAAUACAACAAGAUGUGCUGUCCUCUGGAAGAUAUCCGCCCUUCUCCUACCCAGACAGAGUACAGAAACAAGUGUGAGUUCCUGAUUUCAAUUGGAGCAGAUGGAGAGGACAAGACCAUAGGAUUUCGGCUGGGGAAAUAUAAAGGCGGCUCUUGUGCUGUGGUCGGUCCAGCAGAGACCUGUCAUGUCUCAACCCAAGCCAAAAAAGUGGUCAGUGAGUUUCAAAGGUUCAUCAGGACAACGACUUAUUCAGUGUACAGCCCAGAGACCUACGAGGGACACUGGAAGCAACUAACAGUUCGAACCACAAGGACAGGGCAAGCUAUGGCUGUAGUUUUCUUCAACCCACAGAAACUGGAUGAGGAGGAACUAGAUGCUUUGAAAACCUCCAUGAAGCAGUACUUCACAGAGAACGAGGGGAAGGACAGUGGCAUUACAUCGCUUUACUUUGUUAGAGAAGGGCAAAGGACGUCUCCUAACCCUGAGGACCUGCCCUGCGAGCUGGUGGGUGGAGAGAGUUGUAUUUAUGAAGAGCUCUUGGGACUGAAGUUCAGAAUCUCACCUCAUUCAUUUUUCCAGGUGAAUACAGGAGCUGCGGAGGUGCUGUACUCUACUGUUGGAGAGUGGGCCCAGUUGGAUGAGAACAGCACUGUCCUGGAUGUUUGCUGUGGGACAGGGACAAUUGGGAUCUCUUUAGCAAAGAGAGUAAAGAAAGUGAUUGGAAUUGAACUCUGCCAAGAAGCAGUGGAGGAUGCCAAAGUCAAUGCAGAACUUAAUGGGCUGAGUAACAUUGAGUUUCACUGUGGAAAGGCUGAGGAUGUGUUCCCAAACAUCCUGAAUGGUCUUGUUGCAUCCAACCUCACAGCUAUAGUGGAUCCACCAAGAGCAGGCCUGCAUUCCAAAGUUAUUCUAGCUAUAAGGAGAGCAGAGCACCUCAAGAGGCUGGUCUAUGUUGCAUGCAAUGCAAAGGCUGCUAUGAACAACUUCAUAGAUCUGUGCCGAGCCCCGUCAAACAGAGUCCAUGGGGCCCCUUUCCGUCCGGUAAGGGCCUUGGCUGUGGACCUCUUUCCUCAGACGAUGCACGUUGAAUUGGUCCUUCUCCUGGAGAGAGUGGGCUACGAAUCCCAGACACCAGAGGACAGUGGCAGCCAACAACAGCCUGGCUGUUAGUGUAAAAUAUACAAAUAAUACCCAGCGGCAGGGGUUUGAAAUACAGCUGACUGAUUUUUUUUAAAAACUUUUGAUAAAGAUGUGUCUCCUUUCAGUUUAAAUGUACAAUAUCCUCCGCCAUGCCUGGUCCAUUUGAAAAUAUGCUUCUGAAUGUCUUCCUUCAUUUUGUGUUCUGCUUAUGUUCCUUCACUUAAAACCAAUAAACUUCUCUCAUAUCAUU